AAUUUUGAUGAAUAAUUUAAAACAAUAUACUUUGAUGCAAAAAUUAAAUUGACUAACUCAGUGCACGCGUGGCAAGCCGCAUUAGCACCGUUUUUUCCGCCGGCGCUAGGGUUCCGAGUGGAUAAUGGACGAUAGACACUCGACGACGACGGCAACACCAGAACCCUCAACUGCAUCGGCAUACCUUAAUCCUUCCUAUUGGGAUGAGAGGUUCUCUAAGGAAGAGAAAUAUGAGUGGUUCAAAGAUUAUUCCCAUUUUCGCCACCUCAUUAAACCCCAUCUAACACCCCAUUCAUCUGUUCUUGAGCUUGGAUGUGGAAACUCACAAAUGUGUGAAGGGUUGUACAAGGAUGGAACAACCAACAUAACUUGCAUUGACCUUUCACAUGUUGCAGUUCACAACAUGCAAAAUCGUUUACUUUCUCACGGAGUCAAAGACAUAAAAGUGAUGCAAGCUGAUAUGCUAGAGCUACCUUUUGACGAUGAGUGUUUUGAUUUGGUUAUCGAGAAAGGGACUAUGGAUGUAUUGUUUGUGGAUAGUGGUGACCCAUGGAAUCCGAAGCCGGAAACUAUGUCCAAAGUCAUGUCAACAUUGAAAGGUGUUCACAGGGUUUUGAAACCAGAUGGCAUAUUUAUCUCAAUAACUUUUGGCCAGCCACAUUUCCGGCGUCCUAUAUUUAAUGCACCAGAUUUCAGUUGGUCUGUUGAGUGGACUACUUUUGGUGAAACCUUUCACUAUUUCGUCUAUGUUUUGAAGAAGGGACAGAGGUCUUUGAAUGAGGAUAUACCACCUGUUAAGAGGUCUGAAAUGCUGCCUAUUAAUUUGCUCCACGAGGAGUUAGAAAGUGAAGAUUUUGCUUUUCGAAUCAACGUUGAUGAGUUGAACUAUUAGGGCCUAAAAGUACUUGCAUCAGGACCUCCAAAAUAGUUCAGAGUAUUUGGCUCUUUUUUGGUUGUUGUAGCGCUAAUUCUCUUUCUACGGCAUAUCACAUAACUUUGGCUCAAAGUUGCAUCAUGAGUCUUCUUAACUAUGUAAUACAAAUACAUCUACGGUUAUUCCGGUGUCUAUUUGUAACGAGGUGGAAAGACUUUGUCGUAAUUACGCAUGAGGUUCCACUUCAAAUGAGAAAAAAUGUCAUUAAUUAAUUUCCCGGGACACUAUUUGGAAACCCAAAAAUGUUGGAGGCCUAGGUUUUUGAAACUAAUAAUGGUUAAUGAGUUACAUGAUGAAGUUGAGUA